GCCAUCGUAAUCGGCGUGCGAGUUGCAAUUCACGGCGCAGGGCGCGAUGCCGCGCGAUGCUAGGGUGAAUUUCGGGGUGAAUUCGAGUUGAAUUUUGGAUCCUGUUGUUGAGGGCGAUUUUAUUGUUUUAUAAAAAAAAGAUUAUAAAGGCCAGCCGGACCAGUCUUAUCUGAGAGAAAUGCCUGCUACUGAGCACUGCUAGAGCUGAUUACAAGAUCAAUGGCUGGAGUGGUGGUGUUGGGAGGUGGUGUGGCUGGGCUGGCAGCCGCCCACUACCUACGGCAGUUGCGGCCCAGCUCUGCACUGCCCAUCACCCUGCUAGAGGCAGCAUCCAGUGUCGGCGGAUGGGUGAACACCACACGUCAUGUGGACGGCACUGUCUGGGAGCACGGGCCACGCACAGUGCGUCCAGCUGGACAGCAGGGCGUCAACACACUGCAGCUGGUGGAGGAGCUCCAGCUUCAGGACAGGCUCAAGAUAAUCCCAGCGGGUCAUCCGGCAACACUGAACCGGAUGAUAAUGACGGGCGGCCAGCUGCACCGGCUGCCCACCAGUCUGUGGAGCACCCUGCGGCCGCUGAAGCCGUUCCACCGGCCGCUGGCGCUGGCCGCCCUGCGCGAUCUCUGGGCGCCCGCAGAGCGCGGCCUCCAGGACGACAGCCUGUACGCGUUCGUGUCGCGUAGGUUCGGCGCCGACAUUGCCCAGUUCGCCGUGGAUCCGCUGGUGCGCGGCAUCUGCGCCGGCGACGCGCGUCAGAUCAGCGUGCGCUUCCUGAUGGACUCGCUGUUCGAGCACGAGCAGCGUCACGGCAGCGUGCUGUGGGGAAUGUGGAAGGAGCGGGGCCGCACCGCGCCGCCCGACCCCGGCGACAGCGAGCUGGCGCGCCGCGCUCAGAAGGAGCGCUGGAGCGUGUGGAGUCUGGAGGGUGGCCUGCGGACGCUACCUGAGACACUGGCCGAGAGAUUAGCGGCGGACGGAGUUAGUGUGCGGCUCGACUGCCCGGCGACAGAGUUACGACUGCGGCCGGACGGUGCCACGGUCCACACUGCGGCCGGGGAGCUGCACGCCAGCCACAUCAUCUCGGCGCUGCCGGCGCACGGGCUGGCUCCUCUGGUGACCGACCGGGCCGUGGCCGAGCCCCUGGAGCAGAUUGAGUCAGUCACCGUAGCCGUCAUCACACUGCAAUACGCCGGGCAGUUGUUGCGCCAGCCCGGCUUCGGCUAUCUAAUUCCCUCGUGUGAGCCUGCCGGCGGCGUGCUCGGUGUGAUUUUCGACACGUGCAGCUUCCCGCAGGGAGACCGCACCAUCCUAACGGUGAUGUCGGGCGGUGCAGAGAUGGAGCGGUGGUACGGCGCGCGGCCCGACCGGGAGCAGGUGCUGCGCGCGGCGCUGGACGAGGUGCGCCGCACGCUGGGCAUCACCGCUGAGCCCAGCCGUGUCUGUGUGCAGCUCCAGGAGCGCUGCAUCCCGCAGUACCGUGUCGGACACAAGGCGCUGGUGGCGCGGCUCAGGGACGCAGUGCGGGAGCGCCAGUGGCCCCUGCUGCUGGCCGGAGCGGCCUAUGACGGCGUCAGUGUCAAUGACUGCAUUCUGAGCGGCCGGCGAGCGGCGGAGGCCGUCAGCGCGAGUCUGGGGGAGGCGUGAAGCGGGUGAGUCGCGACCAAGGGGGAUACGGUGUUCAACGGUGUGUGGGAUGGGGUAUGCGAUUUGUCGCGGAAAGUAUUCCUCGAUGUAAGUAUGGUGGUGGAUUUGGACCUGUGUUCUGUAUAGCGCCACGGUAUAAAGUUUCAAAAAUGCCAAUUGAUUGGGAUUUUUAUUUGUGCUGUGACGCUGCUGUUUUGAUAUCCUCCCAGUGUUACGUAAUUCCAACAAUGCCCGACACUUGUUUAUGGGGCACUUUGAUGCAGCUAUUUCGUUCGGAAGCGUGCAAAUAUCGCCUAGUGAUUUCGUUUAUUGUCGGCUGACCUGGAACCCAGACUUGAAGUGGGUGGCAGUGUAGGCGCAUAUUCGUUUUUUUCUGUUGUUAAAUGCCGUUUAUAAUUCACUUUAAUAAGCUUCCUAGGCUUCUUUCCCGGCGUACUGCACGUUUGAUACGAUAUUAAAUGUUACCAAUGAUUGUAUAAUUACGCUGGUGAUCGUUGGGAGGUCGUGGCGUACAAGAAUUGGAUACACAAAUGUGUUUUCAGUCAUGGCGAUGCAAGGCGUAGUACUAUGCCCCUACGUCAUAGCCAUUAACAUUAGUGCCACCGGUUUGGUGCAGCUGUGAAGUGUGAUACGGUGCAGCUGUGAUACGGUGAAGUCCAUGUGAAUUGUGAAGUCUACCUCUUACGCUGCUCAGGCCAACGCUUGCACCGUAAGAGAAUACACAUCUAUACCUGGUACCCAGACUGUGACAGCAUGCAGUUUUUGUGACCAAGCGGAAAUGGAUGUCCUUUAACUGCCAGUAGCUCCCGAGAUAGACAGUCCGUCAAACUAGCAACACUGUAAUUAUAGUGACAUCUGUAAUAAACUAACACGUCUGUAACCAUAACACCUGGCGGAAGAGAGCUACAGACUAGGCAGAGGGCGGAACACAUGACGACAGAGGUCGAGUAAGCGUAGGUUGGCCGCCGGCGACCGAGACUUCAUCUGCAGACACCUGCGGCAUACUAACAGGAGCCACCUAACUAAUUACACAGAACAUAAAUAGCGCGCCGCCCGCCUUCGAUAAGCAUCUGCCGACAUUGCACGUAGUUCAGCGCUCCAGGUAUUACACACCGCCGCAGCGCAGCGU